GUAGGCCCCAAGUCUACUCUUCACCUGGCAACUAUACUUAUCAACUUUUCCACCUGCCCAUUACAUAAAAUGCCACUGCACUCAUUUCCCAUCUUGCGAAUACAAUCCCUGUCGAUACAAGCAAAGCUGCAAAGAGAGAAGAAAGGAAGAGAGUGAUCAGAGAGAUAGGAUUUGUUCUACUCAUUGUUAGCCAUCAUACAUGUCUGUUCAGAUUUCGACAUUUACAUUUCUUUGAUCCAUCUUUGUGUAUUUCCCAUUUUGUAUUCCGUUUUUCGAUUUUCGGUUUUAAUCAUAUCAUUAAUUUUCAUUUCUCCAAGUUCAUUUCUAUAAUUUUAGUGCAGAAGUGAAAACAAUUGUGAUCUAACAUGAGUUGAUGGGGGUGCAGUUCAAAAUGGUAGGUGGGCUUGAACCUAGUGGAAGUAAUGCUAAGGAGAAAGACGGUAAUGAUGAGUAUCGGGACAUGACCAUAAUUGAAAUCAUAGAAAACUCCAGAAAUGAUCGGCAUGAAGAGAUUCAACGUGAACUCGAAGAGAUGAAAAAUUUCAUUGAAGAAUUUCCCACUCGCAGGGAGGAGUUUGGGGGAGGUUUAGGAGUUCAGCCAGAUGUGCAAAGAGAGAUUGACAAUCCCUCGGAUAGUGGUAGGGAUGAAGGAAACCCUAUGGCCUCUUCCUCUUCACUUACUGAUCUCCAAACUUCUCAACCUCCACAAGAAACUGAGAUUAAACAUUUUUGGUCUCGGACGGGAGUGGGAAUGGACUCUGAGAGGGAAAGAAACCUCCUUAUCUCAGUUUCAGUUGGUAUUGAGGCAUACAAGCUCAAAAUCUUGGGCCUUGCCAUUGAAGCAAUGAAGGAAUUAACAAAAAUGGCGACCGAGAAACAGCCCUUAUGGCAGGCCAGCAUAGAUGGUAAAGUUCUAAGCCAUAUGGAGUACACAAAACAAUUUGGACAGGUUGAUGCAACACUUGAGAUGGUAAUAAGAAAGAUUGGGAUGCAACAACCUGUACAGCCACCAAACUUGAGCUGCCCUACACAUAUUCCAGCUUUACCUAAUGUUGAAAUACAUACACAGCCCCUUCAGACCGAAGCUUCCCGAGAAACUAGGUUUCUUCUUGCAGAUCCAGUCCACAUUGUUGAAUUGCUGAUGAAUAAUGAUCAAUACUCUCCUGUGUUCUCCAACAUUGUCUCAAAAUCCAAGGUACUUGGAGUUCUAUCAACACAAGCACAGGGGGACUACAAUGGAGCUUUGCAAGUGGUAAUACAAAUGUCAUCUGAACUUCAUCCCAUUUUAUAUGAAGUACUUGAUUAGUGUGUAUAUCAAAAUGGUAGUUUAACCAAAACCCACCCAGGCAGUGUUGCAUACUUUCUACUAGGCGAGGGAUGCAUUCAUGUCUCGCAUUCCCAAACUUCAGUAUAGUUUUUAUUAGCAUUGAUUGAAACAUAAGUUCUUAUUGACAUAAGAAGUUUGUGAGGAUUGGAUUUAGUAAUACUCAUUAAGCUCGACCGCAUCUACCUUUGUUUAUCAUAUUAUGAGACAAUUCAUGAGUUUUCACAUGCAUAAUUGUUAUCAUGAUUUUGUAGAGUUUUUAUAAGGCAUCAUAUGCAUGUGGUUAUAUAGAUUGUAUCAUGUUUAUGACGAAUACUAAAUAUAAUCUUUUGGAAUGACUCUU